AUGGGACAGAAGAGGCUAGAGAGACUUGGUAAUGCUGCAAAAACAGUUGAAUCGAGUACGAUUCAAGGGGUGGGAGGGUGGAUGCAGCAGAUAAGUAGGUCGUUUGGUGGAUUGCUCGGUUCAUAG